UCUACUCAACAAUAUUUGCAUAGGCUUACCUAUAGUUCAUGCAAAUAGUCGUUAUAUUUAGGCGCCCACCUGCUGUAUUUUUAUAUUACCGUAAGAAUACUGAAUAAGAUCGUUUUUAAAUCUCAAAAUCGUCUUGGAUAUUACUGAAUGCCAAGCUUCACGACGACAGCGCACUUGCCAGACCUCCAAAAUGGAAUUGAGCUUCACGGGAAUGCUGUUUUAUGGACUAAUUUUGGUCUCAAUCAAUUAUGAAGUUGGAGCAGCCUUGUCGUGUUACCAGUGCGUCGAUAUGGAAGAAAUGCCAGACUCGACAAUAGACUGCGACAACCCUGGUGACGAGCUGCUCACAGUCUGCGAUGAAGGAAUCGCCCAGUGUAUGUUGUUUGAGGGAGUUAUGACGAGACCAAAUGGAGCAUCACAGGCUGGUGUGGCGCGUCUAUGCGGUCCUCCACCAGGUGCCAUACCCAACACCACAAUUCCUGAAAACCAAUGUUACUGCGACCAAGAUGCCGCCCACUGGCUCGAGGUACUCAUACCCAUCAUUGCACCGGACGACCUGACCGUAGAGGGCGGCUUUUGUUUCUGCAAUGAAGACAGCUGCAACCGCCGUAACUCAACGGAGGAUGUCUGUCCUCACGACGACGAACAUGUACAUCCAACUGACGGCGAUGGCAACGCCACUGGCCACGAGCGGGCGCUGUUGUGGCUUAUUGCUAUGGGUGUCGGUUUUAGUUGGUUUUCAGUGGGGCUGUUCACCAUCUUCUGACAUUGAACACCCUUUUUAAUAUUGCAGGAUGGGAAUCCUCACCGCCAAAAUGUUCGCCGACUAAAGUAUCAUUCCCGUGUUUUUUUUGUAGAGAAAUAUUUUCCAUACCGUAGGCUACUUAAUAUUUUUCAUUUGUUUCGAAAUCCUUAGUUUGAUACACCUCAAAAUAUAGAUUUGAUUUAUCAAAGAAAAGAUAAUAAAAGGCACGGCCGGUGUGAUUUAGUACUAUUUCAUAUUCAGAGUACGAGAAUAGUUUGCAUUACAACUUAGUAUCACGCGAAGGCCAUAGUUAAGAAUCAUGGCCACAGCCAGCCUCGUGGUGGAAAGAGAGGGUCGUUUUUACCAUGAAGUCCCCCUGGCUAUACAGGCUUGAGAAUGUAUUGAACACCACUGGGCCUUGGCUAAAGGGCCCCAGAUCUAUCUAGUAAAAUCUGAUUAUGCCACAGUAAUACAUUGCCUAAAUGUUCAGACAAAGAUCAGAGCUGCGUCCAAUUCCAUACAAAAAUAAUAAUAAAAUACUUCAUGUUUUUGGACAAUUUGUUUUGUGUACCGUGAAUAAA